AUGCCAAACGCCCUCGUCAGCUGGUUCCGGCGCCGACGCGUCGCGAGGAGCAACAGGAAACGGGCGUCGUCGGGAUCAUCGCUGAUGCUGCCGCCGCCGCUGCUCAUCAUUGACCAAGAUCCCCCCAUCCCGCCUCACCUGCGGCUGCCCGCCCAGCGCCGAGGCCGCCUCACGCCCAGCCCGUCCCGCGAGAGCCUCGUCUCCGCCACCGUGGCCGCCACCGCGGACAGCGCCUUCUUCACCCGGCUGCCGCUGGAGAUUCGGCGCAAGAUCCUGGUCGAGGCCUUUGGCGCGCAGACGGUCCACAUGGACCUCAUCUACGACCAUCCGGUGCUGCAGCAGCCUUUGCUCCUCGUCCAGGACCGGUCAUCGUGCGCCUUUGGGGGCCGAUACACGAGGCGGGCGCACGGCAACCUCAACGUCCGGCUCAGCACGGGCGAGUGCGACGCCAGGAACCUGCGGCUCGACGACUCGCGGCCCAAGGAGUGGGCGUGGCGGAGCUCCGUGUGCCACCGGUGCCGUCCCGGCGAGGAGGUCCAGCCGGCCGAGGACUACUGCCGGUUCGGCCAGUCGCCGUGGCAUCUCAUGUGCUGGCACUGGCCGGGCGAGUGGCCGACAAAGUGUCUCAUAGGAGCCAUGGGGUGGCUCUGCAGCUGUCGUCAAGCAUAUAUGGAGGGCAUCGACGUCCUAUACGCCACAAACACGUUCCACACCGCCAGCAAGGCAAUGAUCCUCAGCCUCCCGUCCAUCCUCCUCCCGCAGCGCCUCGCCAGCAUCGCGUCGGUGGAGCUGCUGUGGGACUUUGCGCCCUUCCCCAGCAUCCACCCGGAGGUGGUCAAGCCGCCGCUGUCGGACAUGGCCAGCUUCCGCCUCUUCCUCGACGCCGUGCCGGCCACCUUCCCCGCCGCCCGGAAGCUGCACAUCUCGCUGCAGGGCCGGCUGUACCCGACGCGGACGGUCAACGGGCUGACGCGCUGGGACAGCAGCCUCGACCGCACCGACGAGAUCCUGCGGCCGGUGGACGAGCUAGUGGCGAGGCUGGGGCCGCACGUCACGGACUUUUCGCUGGGCAUCCCCAGCUCGCUGUACCAGCAGCAGAGGGACAAGGCGUUGAAGAACAACGACCCCGUGGAGCAGGCUCACCGGGGCCAGCGUGAGCGGCACUGGCGGCCGUUGUCCGAGGGCGGCGGCGGCGAUGGCGAUGGCGAUGGCGAUGGCGGGAGGACGGGGUACUGGGUGUGGUUGGGGCACAAGGACUUUACGAUACCGUACAUGUGCACGAUGGGCGAGGGCGGGUACGCGGACAUUAUUGGGGAGGACAACUGGGUGCUGUACAGGUUUUCAGACAACUGA